AUGACAAUCGAAAUAAAAUCUUCAGCCAUAAAUGAUGAUUCAUUAGAUAUAAAAGAUAUAAUUGAGGAAAUACUACAACAAAAACCAUAUUUUGAUAAAAUAAUCGUACUAUCAAACACCACAACCAACAAUUUAAAAUUCCCCAAAUCAAGUUAUUCAACAACUACUUCAACAAAUGUAUAUAAUUAUAUAAAUUCAAGAUUUAACAAAAAAGAUUCAUUUUUAGAAAUAAUACCACUAGAAGAAGUUAAUUUAUUGCCGAUUUUACAAAAUAAAUUAACUCUAUAUACAUCAUUUUCAAAUAGGCUAGUGUUUCAUUUAAAUCAAAGUACUUUCCAAAAUUUACCAAGUUUGAAAAGUAAUGGAAUAAAAGUACAAAAAUUUAAACAUAAUUCAAUUGGUCAUGGAUCAAAUAAUCAUAUACUGUAUCAAUAUAAGAUAACAAUAGAUUUUGAAUCUCCAGAAACAGAGUAUAUCUUGAAAGUUGUAUUUCCCCACGUUGCAUUUAUUAAAGAUUAUCACUACAAUGAUGUAGAAUGUUCACCUACGAAAAAUUUGGCUAAUUUACCUGAUUUGGAUAAUUUGGAAAAUUUAAUGUUUCGUGGUGAACCAGAGGAGAUAUUGGAUAUGUAUGAAGAAUUAACAUUAGCUAUUAAUGGAGACUUAAAUCUACCAAAGUCAAUUACACGAUACACUUUGGAAAAUGUAUAUUCGAAAUUUUGGAGUCUAAAUUUCACGGAUUGGGAAGUUAUAAGUUUCCAAAGAUCAGAUAUUCAUGUACUUUACAUAGUACAUGAUGAAAGAUAUUAUAUUUUAAAAAUCACGAAGUAG